GGGACGUGGCCUAGCCACGCGUACAGUCCAACAGGUCCCCCGCCGAGGCAACAGCUGUUUCGCUCCUGUGGCCCGGGUGCGAGCCGGGACCGCAACUCUACUGCCCUCCCCUCGGUCCAACAUAGCUGCCACGGCCCACCUUCCGCCAGGCGCAACCCCGACUUCCAGCUUCCCGUUACACUGCGAGGGUCUCCCAACGAGGCCGAAGCCGCAGUGCCGACCAGACUCUUGACUUCGCUCUCCCAGAACUGGACAGGGCCGGGGGUGCCCUGUCUCUUCUUCAGAACGUCGAAAGAGUCGGGUGGUUUUC